CCAUUGAGGCAGCCGGAGAGGCGGAGUCACUGUCGCUCCUCCUCUUCCUGUCCUCCUCCUGGGCCGCCUGACUUCGCCUAACCGAGAUGUGAGGGUUCGGUCCUGCAUACUCCACUCCCCAGUAUGCCUCGCGCGGGCUCAGGGAAGCGCUUCCGGCUGGAGGAGACUGUCGGUUGUAAACAUCCAGAUUCAACUUGGAGCUCAGAUUGGGGCCUCACUGAAUCAAGUCCUCCUGGGCAAUCUGCUGCCAUGUCUCUCUCUGAGUGUUACAUUGCAGUGAAGCUCGCAGAUCAACCCCUGGCUCCCAAAUCUAUCCUGCGGCUGCCGGAAACGGAGCUGGGGGAGUGCCCCUUGGGUGGCUGCAGCAUCUCGUACCUGAAACAGCUCAUCACGGGAAAGCUGCAGGAAUCUGUCCCUGACCCAGAACUCAUUGAUCUGAUCUACUGUGGCCGUAAGCUGCGGGACGACCAGACUCUUGAAUUCUACGGUAUCCAAUCAGGCUCCACAGUCCAUGUCCUCAGGAAGUCCUGGCCUGAACCAGAACAGAAACCAGAGCCGGUGGAUAAAGCUGCCGCGGUACGAGAGUUCCGGGUCCUGCACACUGCUUUGCACAGCAGUCCUGUCUUCAGAGAUUCGGUCUUCAAGAUGUUGGGGAAUAAGGAAUCGCUUGAUCAGAUAAUUAUUGCUACACCUGGCCUUAGCAGUGACCCAGUCGCUUUGGGUGUCUUGCAGGAUAAGGACCUUUUCUCCGUCUUUGCUGACCCGACUAUGUUGGACACGCUCAUCCCAGCCCAUCCUGCCUUGGUGAAUGCCAUUGUCUUGGUUCUCCACUCUGUGGCAGGGAGCACACCCUUGCCCACUGCAGAGACCUCUUCUCGUAGCAUGCCUUCCAGCUCCUACCGGGACAUGCCAGGUGGCUUCCUCUUUGAAGGCCUGUCUGAUGAUGAAGAUGAUUUCCACCAGAGCACAAGGACCACGCCUUCCAGCAGCACGUCUGGGUCCCGCCCGGCAUCCCUUGGCUACACUGGGGCAGCCGGACCCCGACCCAUCACGCAGAGUGAACUGGCAACAGCCCUGGCUCUGGCCAGCACCCCGGAGAGCAGCUCUCACACUCCGACUCCUGGGACCCAGGGACAUUCUUCAGGCACGUCCCCCAUGUCCUCCAGUGUCCAGUCAGGAACGCCCAUCACCAACGACCUCUUCAGCCAGGCCUUACAGCAUGCCUUACAGGCUUCUGGGCAGCCAAACCUUCAGAGCCAGUGGCAGCCGCAGCUGCAGCAGCUGCGGGACAUGGGGAUCCAUGAUGACGAGUUGAGCCUCCGAGCCCUGCAGGCCACUGGUGGGGAUAUCCAGGCUGCCCUGGAGCUCAUUUUUGCAGGAGGAGCCCCCUAAUGUCUGCCUGCCUAUCUGUGUCUGUCUGUCUGAGACACCUUAGACCCUGGGAGGUUAUUCUGUUUUGUCCACUCCCUACAACCACUCAGCUGUACUGUGCUCCAUCCUCCACGCAUUGAGCAGCUUGGAAUCUUUUCCACGCUUACCCUUUCUCUUCCCAAGGAAAGCCUUUUAAGGCAGAGCGGCUGAAGGACGGUGGCGGAAGCUCUGACUUCGGAAUGAACUUUGGUAAAAAGGCCACUGCAUCCGGCAACCAGGACUGGGCGAAAAGACUGCAGACCAGACAGCCGGCUGCACAUGUUCUCCUCUGGGGUGAUGAUGAGGCCCUGCCCAGUCUGAAGGGUGUCUCCAUCCUAAAUAACUUGCAUGCCUUCCCCUCCUGUCACUCUGUUGGGUUUGUUCUCCUCUUGGACAACUUCAUUAAAGCUGCUCUUCUCCAAG